UGUUAUGGUUGAUUUAGAAUUAGUGGCAGUCUUUUCGUGGAAAAAAAGACUAAUACACUAUACUUAGCCUUCAUUAAAUUAUGGAAACUCGUCAAAAACAAAUCGGACCCAUUGAUGAUGUUAGUCUGACACCAACACGGAGGACUACGAGAUCCAACAGGGCUGACCAAGAUGGUGGUGAUAUGAAUGCUUGUGCAAAACACACAAUAAAACAGAAAACUAGUACACCAAAGAGAUGCACUAAGAUGUGUGUGGACAAAGUCUCGCAUCCACAAGACACUACCCCAUCUGACAGCAUCAAUGAUGCUGCUUCCACAUCUCGGAUGACAAGAAGCAGAGGAAAGCUAGACACAAGGAAACAAGGCAAACGAGAUGCUGAGGUAAGAUGUCAGAUACACGAUGACACGCCGCCGAAAAAACCAAGACAAAGUGCACGUAAAAAGGUGGGGCCUGAUGAACCAGUGAGAAAAAUGUCAAGUUGUGGCUCUGAUUUGAAGACAGAAAGCAGAAACAUGUCUCCUUUGAAAUCAGUCAGUGAUAGUUCAAACAGAGAUGCUGAAGCUAGUAAUUGUACUCCUUACAGACGAACAAGAGGACGUCCGCCAAGUAAAGUCAAGUCUAAUCCUGUGUAUCCAAAGGAAAAAAAUAUAAAUGCCUAUUCAGAAGCAGAAUCAUGUGGGGAUUGUGCGACUAACACGAACAGAAAUCCAAAUAUGGGCACGCCAAAUUCAAGUCUGAACCAGAAAUCUUUUAUUGACAUAAAAUCCAGUAACAAUUCUGAAGAAAAAAUAUUGAAAUGUGACUCACAGAGACAUAAUCGGCUAAAAACAAAUGAAAAAGACGAAUAUAUGAACGUAUGUCCUAAGCACACUGGAAGUAGUUUGCAUAAUCUGGAAGGUACAACUGAGCCACAGCCAAAACAAAAAUGUCCACACUGGAAUACAGAGAAAAGUCUCAAUAUUUCACAGGUGACUCAAAGUGUUGGUGAACUACGUAUAGAAAAAGUACAGGGUUCCUCGAGGCAGACAAAGCGGUGCAUUAUUUUCACUGACACGCAUGAGUCGAAUGUACAAGAAGAUAACAAAUGCACUAGUAAUUCAGCAGCCAUCUCAUCAUCCUCUACUUCACAACUACCAUUCAAACAUCAUUUCACUAAAACUGAUGGACGUGAUUCAGACGGCUUGAUUGCUUGUGAUACACCAACAACUGCCAUAAGACAAUCCAAACAGGUUCUCUCCAAAAAUGCUACCCAUGAUUUAGACGAUGAACCAGUUAGUGAUCCCACAUCAAAGUUGCAUAAAAAUGUAAUCACAACACGCAAAAGUCCACGCCUAUUGCGUAAAUAUAGUGACGGGUUAGAAAAGGAAUCUGAUAGUAAGCAUUUAGGAAAUACACAGGAAUCAAGAAAUGGUAAUCUGGUAACAAAGAGGUCUUCAAAAUGUUCAUCUAAUAGUGAAUAUCUAUUGGGAAGGACUAACGUUUUAGUUGAUCCUCUUCAGCAUUUGCCAAAGCAUCAUUCAAUAGGUAAGAAUGAUGUGGAUGUGCACUCCCGUUCCCAAACCAGUGUGCUCAGCCAGUCCCCAGUAUCAUUACUGAAGCAUGAUGCACAUUUACUUCCACACAAAUCGGGUCCAGUUGUAACAGAGUCAUCUGAAACUACCAGACUUAUCACAACUGAUUGUAGCAUCAUGAAAGAUGGCAAGGUUGAUCCAAAGUCAACUUUGCCUGAUGUGCUGCGGACCACACUACCAGGCCAAAGUGCAGCAGUUAUAUCAGAGGUGGUCAAGUUUAAAAAUCAGAGUAUCUCGAACAUGACAGAAAGUUCAAAAGACAAAGACAAUAGGACUUAUGAAUCAAACAUAAUUUCUAGCAAUACAUUGAAAGGAGACAAAAGAAUCAACAACAGAAGCAUCACUGGUCUAACUAAUUACCCAAAAGUGACGAACGAACAAGUACCUGGUGUACCUGUAUCUGAAGUUAAAACAGGUAGUAAGUCUAUCGUACAGUAUUCUUUGCCCCUGGCAUGUUCAAGUUUAACAGAAGCUCAAGGGGCAUCGGAUGAUGUUACUUCUAAAGAAUCAAAUGAUGUUUUACGGUCUUGUACUAUUGUCAACACAGAUGAUUUUCAAUCCCACAUUUCACACAAAGUAGAGGACAAUAAAGGAAUCAAUGUGCACAACGGUUCUUGUGAUAUUUCUCUUGUAUCUUUAGAUGAGAUGUUUUGUCCACAAAACCAUAUGUCCAGUCAAUGGAAUUGUGAUAUGUCUGAAGAACAAGCCAGUAUGUCGUCCAGUGAAUCAGAUGGCGAGAUGCGAUACAACGUUGAUGACUUUGUUUCGCGACGUCGCCGAUUGAGAAGUGAAUCUCAAGACAGUGAGCUCUGGGAAGGUUUGCCCUCAAGUGUCAGAUAUCGUAAAUCAGUGUCGAAAUUACCACAGAUAAAAUCCACGGAUGCACAGAAUGAUUUCAUUCUGGAAGAAGGGGAAACCUGUGUUGCACCCCACUUGUUCACCGACAGUGUUGAUGACAUGGGGCUGGGAAUAUGUAGACAAUCUACCUCCACUGUGAUAAAUUCUGAUACUGACUCACAGUUGGUACCUAGAUGUCAUGAAAAACCUGCAGACAAUGAAAUAGGAUGUAACAAAGUGAAUACCAAUUGUUCAUCAGAAACUAAGCACCACAGUGCUAAUAUUACAGAGGAUUGUGAAAUUAAGAUGGUCACAGCUCCUACAAAAUCAACAGAAAUUCAUACACCUAUUGCAGAUAGUUUGAAAAGAUUAGAUCCCAUAUUACCAAAUAAGGAAUCAUGCAGGUCAUUGGGUGAUAACAGAACUCUGGUACGAGAAAAAACACCUAAAAAAACUGGGACUGAUAACUCACAGACAUGUGACCAACCAUCCACCUCUCAAAAUCACAGAAAUGACUGUAAAGAAAUGGAAACAGAUGCAUCAAGUACAAAGAAAGUAUUACCACCAACAAUAAAAGAGGAUCAAGUUCAAACUAAUGCUUCAAGUAAUUUUAAACAUACUAUGAAUUACAACAACAAAAAAGACAGUCCAGGUAGCCUACAAAUGGAGAAAAAUUUACAAGAAACCCAUGCUCUGAACACAAUCACUUUUAGUGAAGACCAAACCAAAGUUCAAGGCUCAUGUGAUUCAGAAUUAAAAAUGACAAGGUUAGGAGUCAAUAGUUUGUGUCCUAGAAUUAAAAACGAAACUUCCAGUGCAACCAGAAGUACAGCUGAUAAACCACGUACAAGGAAUGGGACAGCAAAAGCUGAAUCUAAUCAUAACAAAUCCUCAGACACAUUUGUAAAAGAAAGCAUGCCUAGUGACAGUCAUGAUUGCAGUCUGGAAAACAAAUGUGAAAUAUUUCUGGCACCUCUUAACAAGCGUCUUCCAUCCAGUCAACGUAGAGAUCGCACCUCAACAGAUAAAGUGGAACCGAAGAAUACAUCAUCAAAUUCACUGCCUCGCUACACACUGAAAAAUACACCAAGACCAACGAGUUCGCAUUCAAUUCCAUGGAUGUACAACAUACAAAGACUUAACAGUGACUGCCAAGCUUCUCCAGCCUUGAACUGUAGAUCCAAAGCAAAGACAACAGACAAUGUUUCAGCUUCCUCAACCAUUAACUGUAGUUCUAAAGGGAUGUCAACAGAUAGCGCCCUGUCAUCACCAAUGUUACGUUAUAGCUCCCAAAUAAAGUCUACUGAUCCCGGACUGGCUUCCCCAGCCUCAGAUGUUCAACCCUCAACAAAGACAACAGAAUCAAACACCAUCUGUUCCACAUCAUAUGCAAAUAAUUCAGUGACAAGGUCAAAUCAGAGUACUAAACCAACUGCCUCUUUAAUGUCCACUCACUGUUCUAGUAAUUUAGAAGGAAAGAAACCAGCGGAAGACAGUAAUCUAAGUAACAUAAGUUCUGUGAAAAUUGUCAAAGAAAUCAAAACUGAACUAAAUAGUGACAAAACAGAUGUGGAUAACAAUAAAGGUUCUUCAACUGCAAAUAAGCAAAGUGAAGAUGAAAUGGGGUCUUCAUCCUGUGUCAGAAAACAAAACAUGACAGCAAAUGAAACUUCGCGUUUCUCAUAUGAGAAAAUAGUAUUGACUGAAACUGCAAAUGAAACAAUAGUAAACGACAUUAAGUUGAAUUAUCAGAAAUCCAAAUUCCCCAAGGUAGUUUUAACACCACUGAAACGAAGUCAGCGCUUGAUACAAAAAUAUGGCAUCGACACUCCCUUUAAGGAAGUCAGAAUUAAGCAGAAGAGAAAAAAGCAUGAUGGUACUGGUACUUUGUCUGCAGAAAUAUCACAGUGUGAGACUCCCGAUGGUAGCAAGGCCACCAAAGAGACAUCACUGGACUGUGUUAAGCCAGCAUCAGAUGGCAGUCAGGGUGGCAAUGACAAAGAGAGAAAGCUUGCUGUGAGGAGGCAUCGGCGUAAACAAGACCUACUCGGAUACCAACUCAUUGAUACAGAUGAUGCACUCGAGGAUAGGCCAUUGUCCAAAAGCAGAAAAAAGGCUCAUAUUCGCAGUAACAGUUUGCCACACGUUUACAAGGAUCAAACUGACAAAGUGCAAAAGACGAAAGAUCCCGAAAAACGAAAGAACAAAAAAGGGAAAAACAAACCGAAAGCCAGUUUGAGUGUCUCCACACCAUCCAAUAUUUUCGGCUUGAGGAGGAAGCGCGGACCAGUGGUGGAUGAGGAACUGUUGGCCAACCCCUUGUACAACAAACAUGCCUGUGUCUUGUGGUCCAGUGAACAUCGACGUCAUUAUCAUCUUAUUCAUCCGGAAGCCGAUUUCAGUCAGCUGGACAACAUUCUUCGCAAACACUGGGAGGAGCUGCUGCCCACAGAAAAAAUGAAAUACUUCAACAGAGCAAGAGACGCGGUCCUAGACGAGUUCAAGCACUCGAAAAAACCUAGCAAUGCUUUGAAACAAAAGGCUCGAUCCAAGGAAAGUGAUGUAAAUAUAUCGCCCAUGGAAAAAUUCUGUCAGCUGAAUGCCAAGAGGCAAAAGGAACUGUUGUCAAAAUGGUUAUACUUUUACCAGAAGGUGUUAUCUUGUAGAGACUACAAGUGGUUCAUAGCUGACGUGCAGAGGACCCUGAAGAGCAUCCAGUCCUCGCAGAAAGGAGAGCAUAAACCUUUGACGAGCAGAAAACUGGAGCACAGGAAACUUCUGUUUGAGAAAAUAAACAAGGUGAAGCCCAGGGUAAUCAGUCAGUACAUGGACCGCUGCAAAAAGAACAGCAAGAGCAAUGACCUCAAUCAAAAGAGAGUGAUACAGAAUCUCAUCAAGGGACUGCCACAAAACUUUCCUAAAGGUUACCGUGCCAAGUGUCUGACAACCAUUCUGGAAGACCUCCGGGAGCUGGAGUCGAGGUCCUUACUAAAUGUGAUUGGAAUACCAAAAUGUACACCAAGUUACACAAAUGUGUUUAAGGGUCUCGCCGAGACAAAUCGACCAUCUGACGAAUGUUGCUCCAGUGGCAGUAGAUUCCAUUACGAUGGAAAUAAAGCUGAGAGUAAGAACAGGAAUGGUGAUAAUCAGAAGACUUCAGACACUGAAACAGCAGGAAGCACUGUUCCAAACCCAUUACAGGACAUAUCAGACAACGACUAUGUGAACAAACUUCUUGGGGAGUUGCACACAAUGAAAGAACUUCCCAUUUUAGAAGCAAGAGUAAUCGAUAGCGUGUUUAUUGAUCUGGCAUCAUCAAACACAGAACAGCCAGUCUGUGCAGAAUCUUCAUCAUCAUCGUCGUCUUCAUCAGCAGCAGCAGCAGACCCUGGAUCAGCCAGCUGCUCCGUGGUUGCAGCAUUACACAAAAAUGCAACAGAAGCCUUUCAGAGAUCUCAGUCAGGAAACGGGGAAACAUGUUGUGAGUUUGACUCACCUUCGUGUAUCCUGUCCACGUGGCUUGUUGCUGAUCGAGUAGACACUGAAACUGAACAUACACACAACACUUGACUGGGAACUUGGUCUUUAGUUAGAAACAUGAGUAUACAUUACAGUCAUUAUGGUGCAUUUUAUUACCAAUGACAAAUCCAGAGGGGGGGGUUCGAGAGGGAUCAUGGGCCUAUAUUUUCGAAGGUGUCUUAGGGCUACGAUAUCAUAAAACUUGUCAGGUCAAGUCGGGGGCUACGACAUGUGUCACAGUGAUGUCAUAGCCUCUGAUGGUUUUUACGAAAUCAUAGCGCUAAGAUAGCCUCGAAAAUAUGGGGCCAGGUUCUCACUUACAAAGCUUUCAAGUGUCUGGACUCUGGUUCAGACAGUGUGCAGUUUGUAUGAUGUUCAAAUCUAAAAUGUCUGAUAACAUCAAACAAGAUGUUUCUUGUUAAGUUUUUUUGAAAGGCAUACACCAAGUCAGCACUACAUUUCAGAAUUAUCAAAUGUUUGACAUUCAGUAGUCAAUGAUUAAUAAAUCAGUGUGCUCUAGUGGUGUCGUUAAACAAAACAAACUUUCUGAGACAGCAGUUCUGUUCUUCCCCAUCCUCCAUCUGACCCUCCUCCUUCCUUAGGUAAGUUGUGCCACCCGAUCUUCCAUCAAGUGUUGUUCUUUGUAAAAUGUAGCUUCUCAGUCUUGGCUCUGCAUUUUCUCAUGGACAAAGAUGUUCAUGCUAAUAUUACCCAAGGUACGUAAUAUAUUUAAAGUAUUUGAUUAAUGGCUGGCUGUGACCUUAAGAAUCGACUUUUAGAAUUUAGUAUAAAACUACUACCAUACAAAGCGAAUGCAUGGCUGGGUGUUGCCGUACAAUUAUCUGGACUGAAAUAAUUGUACUGCAAUAUUUUAUUACAUGUAUUUUGAAAUUCUGAAGAUCUUUAUGAAAAAAUAUUCAGUACUUUUGAUGACACGAACCCUCUAAAACAACCACCUGGUUUGCUAUGUAGAUGACAUUUUUAAGUGGUUUCUUUAGGGGGUGGGGAUGGAAUUUUAUUUAAUUGCCAGUAACUCUUAAUCCAGAAGCUAAAGAGCUCUCAUCAUUUGUUCUUACAGGCUGCUGCCGACAAAUGUCAGGUACAUGACACAAAAUUAAAGACUUCACUAAAUAUGUUGUGACCAACAUUUGGCCACUAGCUAGGCAUAUUUCAUGAAUUUAUAAUCCCUUUGUUGUCCUCUCUAUCACUCUAUGUACCAGAGUGAAUUUCUGAUUGCAUCUCCAUGAUUGGUAAAAUAAUAAUUUAAAAAAAUCAAUUUCAUAUUUCAGUACCAAGGAUAGGUUGAAAUAUUACGUGCAAUAUCUUUUAAAUGGAAUUUUUUUUUUUUAAAUUGUUCUUUUAUUCUAACCGCAAACAUAUCCUGUAUUCUACUGACAAUACGAUAUUUUUAUCGUUUGUGACAUACAGACUGUUUGUACCCAUUAAAAUUUAAUUGUUUAAUGACCAUGCAGGAUCUGUGUAUGGGCUAAAAUAUAUAUUUUUUAGAUAUUUGCAGUGUGCAGAUUGCUUCUAUACAACCACUGCAUGAUUGACUGACUUAAAAAGUUUAAUGUUUGGUUGGUUGGGUUGUAUGAAUGGCCAUUUCUAUUCACGAGCCAAAUUACACAUACAUUAUACGAUCUAACAAGAUUUACCGGAACAUUUUUACUCUUGUUUCAUAAACAUGAAAUGGUGUAUUUUCACAAGCAGUGGAUUAAACACACUGGCGUAGGAAGCAGGGGGGAUGGGGGGGGGGGGGGGGGGCAGUUUUAGAAGCAGCAGUGAUGGUUUAUAUAUAU